AUGGCUGGAUCUGCCAUGUAUGAGCUUGUUCGAGUGGGUCAUGGUGAAUUGGUAGGAGAGAUCAUUCGUCUAGAAGGCGACUUCGCCACAAUCCAAGUCUACGAAGAGACAUCGGCCGUCACAAUCGGAGAUCCAGUGUUGCGUACAGGAAAACCGCUUUCGGUGGAGCUUGGUCCCGAUAUGGGUCCAGUUUGA